AUGGCCACCAUGUUGACAAUUCCAUGCCUCGCGGAGACUUUCACCGGCCUCUCCUUGUUUGGAGCGGAGUUCCUCUCAAUUGCGGCAAGCCCUGUUACCAACUACAGCAUCUCGGUCCAGGUGUCCGACAGGUUCACCCAGCCAGCCGUUGAGGUCCAGAACGUGGCCUUCUGCAACGUCACCGUCACCUACACGCACCCCGGGCAGGCCGACACCAUUGCCGUCGAAGUCUGGCUUCCCCCAGCGGACGGAUGGAACGGGCGGCUCCAGGCUGUCGGGGGUGCCGGGUGGGUAGCUGGACGCAGCCCCCUCACUGCCGUCGCCAUGGCCGGUGCGGUGAGUGACGGCUACGCCACGGUCACGACAGACGCCGGUCUGCGAGACCCCCAGGACUCUGUUGUUCCGUGGGCACUUCUCAGCCCUGGCAACCCGGACCUGUAUUCGUUACAAAACCUCGCAUCCGUGUCCUUGGACGAUGAAGCAACCAUCGCCAAGUCUCUUAUCAAGGCUUAUUACCGCCGCGGGCCCGAGUAUUCCUAUUGGAAUGGCUGUUCCCAGGGCGGUCGGCAAGGUCUCAUGCUCGCCCAGCGUUAUCCCACGGCAUACGACGGCAUCGCCGCCGGCGCUCCCCCACUCCACUGGACAAACGACCUCCUCGCCAUGUUGUGGCCACAGCAGUUCAUGAGCAUGCUCGGAAAGCAUCCUUACCCGUGUGAAAUACAGGCAAUCUCAGCAGCUGCAACCGCAGCAUGCGAUGGAUUGGACGGCUUAGUCGACGGCAUUGUUAACGACGUGGAGGGUUGUCUGGCCAGCUUCGAUGUCUUUGAACUAGUCGGCCGGGCCAUCACCGACUGCCCCGAAGUCUCCGAGAUCACCUGGGAAGCCACCGCCGUCGUAAAUGCAACCUGGCAGGGUAUGCGCAACUCGCACGGCGCGAAUGUGUGGCCGGGGCCCACGCCAGGUACCGACCUGGCUAUCGGCGUCGCCAACAACGACUGUACUUCGGGAACUUGCCAAGGUGUACUGGUACCUGUCUCUGUGCCAUGGGUGACUCAGUUUAUCGCCAGGGGUGCCGAUCUAGACUUUACCAACUUGACCCACGCCGAGUUCGACGAACUGGUACACCAAGGUCAGCAGAGAUACAGGUCGAUCAUGGGCACUGACGACCCUGACCUGUUUGCCUUCCGCAACGCUGGUGGCAAGAUGGUCACGUACCACGGCCUGAUUGAUCAGCUACUCCCCCCCAAGGGCACCAUCAAAUACUACGACGCAGCUUCGGCCCUCGUACCAGACAUCCAUGACUUUUACCGUCACUUCGAAAUUCCCGGCAUGGGUCACUGCAGUGGAGGAGGACCGAGCGGAAAUCCGACCAGCCUCUUUGACCAACUACGCGCGUGGGUUGAGAACGGCACCGCGCCCGACAGCUCCCCGGUUCAAGUCACAGACUUGGAGGGGGGCGUGGGAGAGCGAAUUCUGUGCCCGUACCCACAAAAGGCCAUCUUUGAUCGGGACUGUGGUGCAGCGGGCGAGAGGCGGUGCUGGUCGUGCAAAUAA